UGCGCUCAUGAUUCACAUGUGUUCGUGUCUGUGCGUUACAGCCGCUGCUACGUAAAGUGCGUAAUUUCAUUCAUAACAGAAGAGCUGGUCGUCUGUUGCUGGGCGGAGGACAGUUGUUGAGAGUUUUAUAGUGAAAAAGAAAAUAAAGCGGUAAAAUGGCGAAACGAAGGAUCACACAAGAAACGUUUGAUGCUGCUGUCCGCGAAAACAUGGAGGAGUUUGAGAUGGAUCCAGACGAGGCUCUUAACGAUGCAGUGGAGCAGUUUGAGUCACAAGGUGUAGAUCUCAGUUGUAUAGUCAAAGCUGUACCAGCUACAUCAACUGAUGUCAGUCAAGAGGACCAAGCACAUGAAGUCUUAAAGGCUUUAGAUUCUCUCAGAAUUGGAAAAGACUCUGCUCCCAUACCAGAUGUGACAGCAGACAUGAUAAACUUCACUGAGCAGUGCUCACUUGGAUUUGCACAGAGGUACCUUGCUGCUCAGAAAGAUGCCUAUCCCGUCAUCCUCUCUUACUGCAAGAGGAGUGUGGAGGAGCAGGGUGCAGCGUUGGCUGCUCUGUCUGCUCUGGCUUCACUGACAGAUGGACAGCCAGACCUGCUGGAUGCAGAGGGACAGCAGUUUCUUUUGGAUGUCUUUAAGAAGUACCAGGCAGAUUCCUCGGUGAUGUGUGUCGCCAUCUGUGUGGUGCGUCAGUGCUGCUUGAAGCACGAACAGAACAGGCAGGACCUGGUGAAAGGUGGCGUGCUGCCGCUGUUGACCAGCGCCAUUACGCGUCACAGCGGAUGUGCUGAGCUGAUCAAGCAGGCUUCGUCGACUCUCAGGGUCAUGACUUUUGAUGAUGAUGUUCGAGUUACAUUCGGGCAUGCUCAUGAACAUGCUAAGAGUAUUGUCCUUGAGCACAAUGGACUGAAAGUUUUAGUUGAGGCUGCAAAAGCUCAUCCUAACAACACUUCUGUUCUAAGUGAGCUGUGUGCUACGUUAUCCCGCCUGGCUGUCCGGAACGAGUUUUGUCAAGACAUAUGUGAUCUGGGUGGAUUAAAACUCAUGAUGACUCUGCUCGCAGACAGCUACGAGUCAGCGGAAUUAGUUCGGCAGGUCUUAAGUGCAAUAAGAGCCAUAGCAGGAAACGAUGAUGUGAAGGAUGCUGUUGUUAACGCUGGUGGCGUCGAGGUCAUUGUCAUUGCUAUGAACGGACACACGAGCAGCCCCACUGUGUGUGAGCAGGGAUGUGCCUGCUUGUCUGUUCUUGCCUUACGUAAACCAAACAACUGCAAGGUCAUCAUGGAAAGCGGAGGCGCCUUGGCCGCUGUGCAGGCCAUGAAGGCUCAUCCUGAUGCAAUCAAUGUACAGAAACAAGCAUGCAUGCUGUUGAGAAAUCUGGUCGCACGGAUGCGUAACUACAGCCAGCCAAUAUUGGAGAUGGGGGCAGAGGCACUGAUAGUUCAGGCAGUACAGAACCAUCAGGACUGUGGGGAUGUGGGUAAAGCGGCCCUCAGAGAUCUGGGAUGCAAGGUGGAACUUCGAGAGCUGUGGACUGGCAAACAUGGCAGCCUUGCUCGCUGAGAGUGGAGCUGAGUGUCACCAUAAAACACACAAGUAGAAAAUCACUUAUGUAACGGUCUAGCUGUAGAUAUUUAUGUGUCUCAUCAAAAGGAGCAUCUUCACUGUCACAAAAGCCUCAAGAGGAUGAAAUGAGUCCAAUCAAAUGCAAACAUGUUUUAAAUUUAAACAUCUACAACAUUUUUUUUAAAUAAAUCCAUUUGUGUGAUUCCAGUUAAUCUGUGCCACAUUGUGGGAAUUCUUUUAACCAGACCAAAUUUAACAUGUAUUAAAUGCCUUAUUUUUACUGA